CGGAAAAUUCAGAUCCGAAACAUUCCACCUCAGCUCCGAUGGGAAGUGCUGGACAGCCUGCUGGCCCAGUAUGGAACAGUGGAGAACUGUGAACAAGUGAACACAGAAAGUGAAACAGCCGUGGUCAACGUCACCUACUCUAACCGGGAGCAGACCAGGCAAGCUAUUAUGAAGCUCAAUGGCCACCAGCUGGAGAACCAUGCCCUGAAGGUCUCCUACAUACCUGAUGAGCAGAUAGCCCAGGGUCCCGAGAACGGGCGCCGUGGAGGCUUUGGCUCUCGGGGCCAGCCCCGGCAAGGAUCCCCUGUGGCAUCGGGGGCUCCGGCCAAGCAGCAGCAAGUAGACAUCCCCCUCCGGCUCUUGGUUCCCACGCAGUAUGUAGGCGCUAUCAUCGGCAAGGAGGGUGCCACCAUCCGCAACAUCACAAAACAGACUCAAUCCAAGAUAGACGUGCACAGGAAGGAGAACGCGGGGGCUGCCGAGAAGGCCAUCAGUGUGCACUCCACUCCUGAAGGCUGCUCCUCGGCAUGUAAGAUGAUCUUGGAAAUAAUGCACAAGGAGGCGAAGGACACCAAAACGGCAGAUGAGGUUCCCCUGAAGAUCCUGGCCCAUAAUAACUUUGUGGGGCGACUCAUCGGCAAGGAAGGAAGGAACUUGAAGAAGGUGGAGCAGGACACGGAGACAAAGAUCACCAUCUCCUCGCUCCAGGAUCUCACUCUCUAUAACCCCGAGAGGACCAUCACCGUAAAGGGGGCCAUUGAGAACUGCUGCAGGGCUGAGCAAGAGAUCAUGAAGAAAGUUCGAGAGGCCUACGAGAAUGAUGUGGCCGCCAUGAGUUUACAGUCUCACCUCAUCCCCGGUCUCAACCUGGCCGCUGUAGGUCUAUUCCCAGCUUCGUCCAGUGCGGUCCCACCACCUCCCAGCAGCGUCACUGGGGCUGCCCCCUAUAGCUCCUUCAUGGGUAGAGGGGCUCCUGGGUCUUGCCUCGCCCCACUCCCUGGUCCUUUAGUAAGGAGUCUCUUGUCCUGGCAGCAGGCUCCAGAGCAAGAGAUGGUCCAGGUGUUCAUCCCCGCCCAGGCUGUGGGCGCCAUCAUCGGCAAGAAAGGGCAGCACAUCAAACAGCUGUCGCGGUUUGCCAGCGCCUCCAUCAAGAUUGCUCCACCAGAAACACCUGACUCCAAAGUUCGGAUGGUUAUCAUUACUGGACCCCCAGAGGCUCAGUUCAAGGCUCAGGGAAGAAUCUAUGGCAAACUAAAAGAAGAGAAUUUCUUUGGUCCCAAGGAGGAAGUAAAGCUGGAGACCCACAUACGGGUACCAGCUUCAGCGGCUGGCCGGGUCAUCGGCAAAGGCGGCAAAACGGUGAACGAGCUGCAGAACCUUACGGCCGCCGAGGUGGUAGUGCCAAGAGACCAGACCCCGGACGAGAACGACCAAGUCAUCGUUAAGAUCAUCGGGCAUUUCUAUGCCAGCCAGAUGGCGCAGCGCAAGAUCCGAGACAUCCUGGCUCAGGUGAAGCAGCAGCACCAGAAGGGACAGUGCAACCAGGCCCAGGCACGGAGGAAGUGACCGCCCCUUCCUGUCCCGUUGGCUCCAGAUCAGCAGGCAGACCGCAGAACUGGAGGGCGGAGGGCCAGUGUGCUCUUCCCAGCAGGCCUGAGAAUGAGUGGGAAUCAGAGGCUUUUGGGUCUGGCUGGAGAUCAGGUUUGCCCACUGUCUUGAGAAAAAUGUUCCAGUGAGGAACCCUGAUCUCUUGCCCCCAAUUCAGUCAGGUGGCCACAACGGCCCCCCCUUGGAAUGUCACUGUUGCAAAUGUCGCUUGGGUUGCUUUUAAACGUGGAUUAUUUUGAGGAAGUUCUCCAGCCUCCAUCAGAAAGAUGGGUAAGCUCCCAGGGGGGAAGAGAAAUAAAAUUUCCUUCAGGUUUUAUUAAACCUCAAAGGAUGGUUUGUUUCUUGACCCCAGAAUCUUUCUAACCUGACUCCUUGGUUAACUUGAUGAAAAUUCCUCCUAUUUUCAAUGCCUUGACCCAACACCUUAGCGCCUCCUGUAUUCAUGUACACUGUUUAUCCUUGUUACUGUGGGGUGAUGUUGGGGCUGGAACGCAACUUUGUUUACAAUAUUAACUGUGGAGAAUACUUGUCAUUGGUGCUUUCAUUCUGAUCCUUCCUCAACCAGCCAGUGGGAACAGCAAGAUAGAAAGAAGAAGGAGAGAGAGGAUAAUUAAAAUAUCUACUGAUCCACGUUUAAAAGGAGUCCUUGCGCUGAGGAUAGAGCUCAGUGGUCAGAGUACUUGCCUGGCAUGUUCAAGGCCCUGGGUUCCAUCCUUGGCAUCACAAAAAGAAAAAAAGAUAGCGUACCCUUGUGGGUGAGCUAUUGCAGAUCGCCAUCUAGAAAAAUUGGCACAACAGAAAUUUCUCCUGCUCAGCUGGGACUUCCCCACCAAGAUUUCCCCACUCCUUUUAUGGCCAUCUAACCCUGUGGGUCCUGCAUGGUGCCCUGGUACACAUGGGUGGUACCACAUGCUCAGCAGGGUGAGGGCUGACCACUGUCCCUGAUUCCUAUCAUUCUCAGGCGGAUUUUAUAUUUUUUUAAAGUCUAUUUUAAUGAUUGGAUAUAUGAGCUCUGGGAAAGGGGGUGUGAGCUCCCUUUGAUAAAGUCUCAGUUCCAUGGAGGAGUCGAGUGGUCCAAAGGUGCCCUCACUCCAACCCGUGUGCUCUUAGAAGGGCUGAGGCAGGCAUUGCGGUGUAUUUCCCGCCACGGCACACUGUUUCCUUGUGGUGGUGGGACCUACCACCCAGCCCUGAGCUUCCGAGAAAGCUUAAAGUCCAUCAUCUGGCAAACUUAGUCAACUGGAGAUAUUGUUUCUGUUGUUAUUGUAGAGGGCUAUUUAACUGACUGUUGUGCCUCCAUGAACUGCCAUUGUCGUUAGGAAAGGCAUGCCUGAAAGCAAACUUCAGAAUACCAGCAGCAUUAUGCACAAAGGGUGGACACACUUAAUUUAUUAAUUUACCAGGCUCCAUAAGAUCCUGUUGGAAGUUUAGCCCUCAUGGAGGACAGUGGCCAUCGGUUAAGUGAGGCUAGGCCUCCCCUCCUAAUACUGUACUGAUUGUAAUGCAUUUCAGCCAGGUGAUGCACUUUAGCUCCCCUGGACAGUACUACCAUGCGUGCUGGGAAGAAAGGAAGGCCUCUCUGCAUGUGGAAAGGCCCAUGCACAGAGCUCCCUCUUCCUGGCAUUGCAAGGACACAGUGACGAGCAACCAUGAUGUGUGGGCGGAGUCAGGCAGUGCUGUGCUAAGUGAACUACCUCAAGGUGUGAAGUUACCUCAGCAAUGAUUUCCUUUUGUUCCCUGAACCCUGGUUUUUCAUUUUUUUAUUUUCUUUUUUUUUUUUCUGAUUUUUUUUUCUUUGCGGCUUGCUGAUAUUUUAUAUAAAAAAGAAAAGCAAAAGAGAAGCUGAUAGUCUUGAAUAUUUUAUUUUUUUAAUGAAAAGAAAAAAUGAGAAAGUUAUGUUUCAUAAUUUCUUACAACAUGAGCCAGUAACUUUAGGAGCUCUGUGGAGAACAGGCCCUGUGGGGAAAGGUGGGGGCUGGGGGCUGGAUCCAGGG